AAUUUCUAGGUAUUCAUGCAUUGACCAACAUCUGGUCACACUUAUCAAAACAAAACAACAAAAACCUUUUUGUGUACGAAAAUUGAUAAAUUUUUUGUGCGCCCAAAUAAAGAAAUGCCCGUGGAAUCCGGCAGUAGCAGCUCCGAAUCGGGGAGCUCCUCCUCCAGCGGAUCCAGCAGUUGCACGGACACCGGCAGCAGCUCGGAUACGGAUUCCAGCAGUGCGACGCCGGAGGAGAAGCCAACCCAGAACCCAUCCACCAAAACACAACCCCAAUCGCACCAACAACAAACCAAUUCCGGCAAUGCUGCCCGGCGGAAGGCUCCACCGGCCUCGACAUCAGCCAACGAGGAGAAAUCCAAGGAAAGUGACGACCUUCUAGGUCUCCGGGAAAUAGCAGUCUACCCAGUGGGAUACUCCCUAACCGACGACGAUGAUGAGGACGAACCAUCGGCGCCGCCCGCCAAGAAGACCUCUCGCACCCUCGGCAGUUCCACGGUGACGGCAGCAGCUGCAGCAUCAGCGGCCAGGAGAAAACCGCCUGCAAACAAGGCCACUGGGAAUCAGACCAACAAAGCCAAUAAUCCGCCGCAACGGACGGCGGGAAACACAAAUCGAAAUCAUGCCAAUGGCGAGGGAAAGAGGCCCUCGCUUUCAUCCUCUUCGAAUAGCACAGACGACUCCAUGAAGAUCGUGAAGAAUGGUCGCAAGGUUCCCCUGAAAAUGGCCAGCACUGUCAAGCCAAAACAGCAGGUUCGUGGAAAGCUCCCGCCGGCCAAGAAGAACGGAGGACCACCGCUGAUGAGCAGUAGCUCCGGCUCAGAGAGCGGUUCCAACUCUGGGGACGAGUCGAGUUCGGUGAGUGACUCAGAGGGCAGUGAUUCCAGCAAUUCCUACAGUUCCCAGCCACCCAAAGGGGCUGCUAAAGGAAAAAAACCUGGUCCUUCCAAGCUCCAGAACACUGACAGCGAGGAGGAGCGCAAAGACAAAGCCAAUCCCAUGAGGAAGCUCACCAGAUCCCUAAGCAUGCGGAGAUCGAAGCAGCAACCCAAACUGGAAUCGGAUACCGAUUCCGAUGGCGAUCUGGACGACGACAAAACACUGAUCUCGAAAAGUCCAACCAAGAAACCAGCAGUCCCGAGUCUGAACAGCACCAAGAGCAAGGUGAAGAAGGAGUCCAUCGGGAUCAGCAGUGGCGUCCUGAGCGUCAUCAAGUCCCGGCCAGUGUCGCCCAUAACACAAACGGAAAAGAAGUGUCCCAUCGAGGGCUGUGACUCGUCCGGUCAUUUGAGUGGCAAUCUGGACAGACACUUCUUGCCGGAAGCAUGUCCCAUUUACCACAACAUGUCCGCCUCGGAGUGCAAGGAGAGGGCCAACGAACGGAAGCUGCGGAACGAGCAGCGCCUCAAGAUGCCCGUGAAUAUUGUUACGGCUCCGGGAAACCAGCACAACAAUGCCAAGACCCUGUCACCCGAGCAGAGGGAGUUCCUAAACAAAAUACGCGAAUCGAGAGCCAACUUUCGGCCGGCAAACAAUAAUUUCCUGGACUCGAAGGUUAAGCUGGAAAAAGACUGCACGGAUGAGGACCGUGAACCGAAUCUGUCGGGCCUGGUGCCCGACUACGAUCUGCAAUUGUUCAGGGAGGCCCAGGCCCAGGCCUCCGAGAGAAUAGAGGACGAACUGAAGGAUCUCCCGGUGGGCAAGGGCAUCAAGUACAUCAGCAUGGGCAAGUACAAGAUGAAGGUAUGGUACCAAUCGCCCUAUCCGGAUGACGCCGCCCGCCUCCCCAAGAUGUAUAUCUGCGAGUUCUGCCUGCGCUAUCAGAAAUCCGAGACGGGCAUCAAACGGCACGCCCAGAAAUGCGUUUGGCGGCAUCCGCCAGGUGAUGAGAUCUACAGGAAGGGCAAGCUCCAAGUGUGGCAGGUGGAUGGGAAGCGUUAUAAGCAAUACUGUCAGCAUCUCUGCCUCCUGGCGAAGUUCUUUCUGGACCACAAGACUCUGUACUACGAUGUGGAGCCGUUUCUUUUCUACAUUAUGACACUGGCGGAUGUGGAUGGAUGCCAUAUUGUGGGUUACUUUAGUAAGCAUAUUCCCUUUCUUCAGGAGAAGAAUUCUUUUUACAAUGUCUCCUGUAUUUUGACAUUGCCGCCAUAUCAGAGGAAGGGCUACGGGAGGCUUCUCAUCGACUUUAGCUAUUUACUGACACGCGUAGAGGGCAAAAUCGGAUCUCCGGAGAAGCCUCUGUCCGAUCUGGGACUCAUCUCGUACCGCUCCUACUGGAAGGAUGUCCUUUUAGACUAUCUGUGCAAUAGAUCGGGAAACUCGCUAUGCAUCAAGGACGUCUCACAAGAAAUGGCCAUAUACUCUUAUGAUAUAGUCAGCACUCUCCAAGCCCUUGGAAUGAUGAAAUAUUGGAAGGGAAAGCACAUAGUCCUUAAAAAACAGGAUGUCCUUGACGAGUAUGAGGAGAGGGUUAAAAGAAGAGGAACCUUCCCGAAGAUCGACGAUUCUUGCCUCAGAUGGCAGCCAUUUAUCCCCGUACAGCCCACGGCAUCGCCAUAGCACCUCGGUUGGAAGCAUGCCAGGGCAUGCUUUGCGGAUGCCGACGACGAGUCCUUGGAUAUGAAGUCCUGAUUUUAGAAAUUUUUUUUUAACCGUAGUCCGAAUGCAAUCUUGGUGUAGCGAUUUUACUUUAAUUUUACAAAUAUUUAUACCUAAGCGGAAAGGAUAUAUGGCAUGUCCUGGCUGAAAAUAACCUAGAAAAUAGUUAAUAUUCGAAACAGCAAUACUUUAUUACACCAAGCUACAAGACAAUGGGAUGUCUGUGUUUAGGAACUUUAUGCCAAUAUUUUUAUUGUUCUAUUUUUUAAUACUGUAAGGCUAAAGUAUUUGUAAAUGAAUGUCUGUACUUGUUAGUAGAUCUAUUAGCAAUAAUUAGUAACCUAGGUCCUUAGCAAAAAUUCUCAACAAAAACAACAAAAAUUUAAGAAAAUUUAUGAUAAUAUACUCUCGGAUUACGAUCAAAAGAACUUUUGCCUUUGGACUGGAGAUGCUUUCGUCAUCGGGGUACAUGAAUCAUGUCGGUGCUUGCCGCAAGGAAGAGAGGUGAGUCGCAAAAGGCGCAAAAAAAGUGCACACGUCCGGGGCAGGGGGGAGGCGGAGAGACGAGCGCAUUGACAUUGUCGCUCUGCCUGGGAGAGACAGGUAGACCCGGUCGGGUGGGGGGCAGUGGGGAAGGGCCCCAGACAGGAUGCACAGGGGGCGGGGGUUGGCCAAAAAACAUACACAUGCAUUCGAGCAGAGCGAGCGAGAGAACAGCAGUCCACGGCAAGCAAGACGGAGAGAAAGCUUGCUGAAAAGAGAGAACCGUGGGCAAAAUCAAGAAAACUACAAGGAAAAUUAUUCAUUUACAAUUUCUUUGUUAAUGUUUUUAUUUAUAGGUACUCUUAUGCUAAAUAAUAUUCUUGAAAAGUAUUAUGCCUUCGCAUUUGUUUUGUUAUUAAGUAAUUUAAAAUUUCCUUUUUUUCCUUGGGAAUAAAUAAAUGACUAGUUGAUUAAUAUAUAGUUCAUGCGUCACAAAAAAAAAAUUAUAAAUAUCAAGAUUUUUAUUUAAAUGGAAUAUUCUAGAUAAUAAAACCUAUUUACUUAAAUGUUUACGUUUUUCUUUUAAAUCUUAUAUUUAUUCUCUUUUUAUUAUCUUUUUUAUGGCUAAUAAAUUCCGAAAAAAUCUCGUGGUUUUUCAUUUUGUUUAUUUUAUGACUAAAUCAACAAACGUAUCCCACUGUUCGAAGCUUUUUGUUGCAGUCUGUCUGCUGGUAAUGCAGUUUUAUAACAAAGGAACCCGAACGAGAACUGGCGAAUGUAUAUACAGUGAAGCCUCUUAAAAAGAUGUAAAGUUCAUUUAAAAAUUUAAAAUAUUUAUUUGUGGUCAAAAACUCAAUAUUCUUAAUAGGGGAGGUUUAAACUAAAAAGAUUAAUAUUAAGAUAUAAUAUAAAUAUGAACACAAUAUAAUUUUUAAAACAAAAUUUAGAUUAAUAUUUUGUAUACAUAACUUUUUUUUAUAUUUUAAAAUGUAAAACAAAAUUUAUUAUUUAUUUAUUUAAUAGUUGUAAAAAAUAUCGACUAAUUCGAAUGACUACUGUACCCACACAUGCACUUCACUCUCCUUGCGUGUGUGUGUGUGUGUGUGAGUGCACAUGCAUGUUGGUGAGGAAGAGGAAGCAGGAAGCAGAGGCAGCAGCAGCAAUGGGCCCCCCCUGAACGACGGCGCCACUGUGCGAGAGAAACAGCAACAGACAAAGACGAAAAGGGGAGAUAUUUCGCUGCCGACGCCGUCGCCGGCAGAGACGUCUGCGAAUAAAAUUCGCGCUUUUGGCUCUUGAUUUGGCACAGACAUUGAGCAUUUGAUCGCCAACUGCCGGCAAACGCGGUCCGGUUUCGCUCUCUCAUAUUCCCCACCAAGUUCCAAGUGUUCCUCUUUUGCCUUUUGCCUUUGCCUUCGCCUUCACCGACUUUGGUUUAUCUCUGUCGAGGAAAAUCGGCCAUAGCCCAUAGCCAUAUAGUCAUAUAGAGUCAUAGUCAUAAAAGCCAGACAUUUUCUGGCCUUUCGCACAGUUCAUUUUGCACCAAAUGGGAGACAACAACCAGCCGAUGAACGAAGAGAGCGAGCAAAUAAUGGCCAAAAAGAAAUUCACAAAAAUUAUUAACAUUACUCGCGCGUGAGUGUGUGCGUGUGAAGGUGUUUUGCGCGUGUGUGUCUCUUCUAAAAAGCCAAAAAAAUGCAACGGAAGUUGUCUAAAAAGAAAAUAAAGUUUAAACGGAACCGAAACAUAUUGUGAAAUUCGAGGAAGAGAGAGAGAGAAAAAGAGAAGAAAUGGAGGAGGCGACACACAGUCCAACGUGGUUUCUGGAACUUCUGGGUUUUUUCUUUCUUCUUCUACUACACUGAAAAGGAAUUAAAGCACUGAAUCUAAAAAGAAACUGAUGAAGAGCGAAGAAGAGGUUCUGGUUAUUUUUAGAAUUUUGAUAUCACAAGGCAGCAGCAGCUUUUUUUUCGCUACACUACAAGAAAAAAAUGACGCAAAUGUGUGUGUGUGUGUUGGUAACCACAUGAUUCUACAUAUUUCCAUAUAACCCCCCCACACUCACACACAGACAGUCUGAACUUUUUGUCGCUCAAAUAUUAAUUUUAGACAGUAGGUUGGUUCUUUUUUUUUUUUUCUUUUUUAUCCCCCAGACAAAGCUCACAUGCUCGCCACAAAGUUUUUCUCGCCGUGUGCGUGCGAUCAAAAAAGCGAAAAAAAAGUUAGCUUUAUAUCACUUUGUUCCUCGGCGGCUCAGGGUUAAGGGCAAACGAGAAAAUCAGCGGCUUGAUCAGAAAAAAAAAAAAAAAAAGCAUGUGCUGCACUUUUGCAGCACAGAGAGCGAAGACACCCACACACAUACACACACUAAGCUGUCUGAAAUUUGAGGUUAGGAAUGCCCCACCCAAGCAAUGGCUGCUCAUUUAUGUACACACACACUUGCAUACAUACAUAUAUAUACACAUAUAUAUAUAUCGCAGAAAUUCGCAAUUAUUCACAGUCCAAAGCUGUUGGCGAUCGUUGGCUGUUUUAUGAGGCAAAGAAAAACCCGAAAACCAUCCGAAAAGGUAGUUAAAAAAAAAAAAGAAAUACUUUGCAAAAAUUUUAAUACCAGACACAAAAGAGAAUUUGCAAAUGUGGUAGAGGCACGUGUGUGUCUCUUGGCUUGAUUGUAUUUGUGAGCGAUCACGCACGUAGCUUCGGUUAGUAACAAGCAGAGAAGAAAAGAGAGAGAGAGUCUGCCAAAGAGGCAAGUCUCUCUGUGUGUGUGUCAGAGAGAGCUUAAAACGCCGGUUCUUUUUUUUUUUUUGUGACGCUCUCUCUCUCUCUCUCGUUUUUCUACUGUGCUUCUUGUCUUUUUCUUUUUGUCUUUUUUUUGCAUCUUUCAUUUCCUUUGCUUGUUUCUUUACAGCGUUUCAAAUUUAGAAUAUCAAGGGUCUGGUCUGGCCAGCACAGAAGCUAUAUAAUAAUAAAAAAAAUAUAGUACGCGAUUUUUUGCAAAGAAUUCUGAAUGAAAUGUAAUAACUCGCCGCCCGAUGACGUCACUACAAAAAGGCACAGACGGGGGGCUAUGUGGUCAUUAGCACUCCGUGUUCCCAGUUUUCAGUUCUCUUCGCUGUUCGCCGUUCAUAUGACUAAUUUUGGCAUUGUUAUUGCAUAAAAUUGACGAAGAAGAAGAACAAAAUAUAUAUAUAAUGUGUGGCGUCGCAUGAAGUCAUCGGGACAACUACACUGGCUGGCAUACUACAUAACCCGGAGAGAUCGUUAACCUUAAAGCUGGGACACAAUACAAGGCACAAGGUCGUUUCCACCUCAACCCUCUCGCUGGAGCGCUGGAGGAGGCGUCCGCCAUUUGCUGCACUUCGGUUGCCAGGCGGCCCGAACCUCUGUCUCUCCCAACUUAAAACCUGAACUGGGCUUGGCUUUUAUUCUUUUUUUUUAUAUAUCUACAUCUUCAACUUCAAGUCCAGCACUCUCCAGUCUCCUACCUUGCGCGCUAAUCAGUGACCGGGGCUGGUUUUUGCAACAGUCAGGUACCUGAAGUAGCGCGCGUGGUGGCAGACAUAUAUCCGCCAUACAAAAGUAUAUAAUGCAAAUCCUUCAGAAAAUCCCACUCGAAUAUGUGUAUUUUUGAGAAAUAUGUCUCCCAUGUCUAUUGUACUUCAUCAGGUGCUCUGGUGUCCACCGUAACCCGGCACAUGUUGAAGUACACUCAAUAUGAGGCGAAUGUCAAACGAAGAGUUCUAAAAGUGAUAUUAAACCAUUAAUGUAAUAUAAUUAAAUCUAUUUUGAUGAAUAAAAAUAUUAAAAAUUGUAAACUUUAUUCAUAAUACAUCUUUUUGGGACUGGAAGCUCUAUAUUUUGUUAAAAAGUUUAAAAAAAAGUGGGUAUUUUCCUACAUUUCUUCAAAGUUUUCCAUUAAAAGGGCCUUAAAAUAAAGUAUUUAAAAGAAAGCUUAUUAUUAUAGAAUUUAUCAAAUUAUUUGGUCAUUAACUUCAAAAGAUUAAUUACAAAUUUAUUCAUAAAAAUGUCUAAAAGAUCUUCAUAAUUUAUUUUGAGGUCUCAACCACCUGAUCCGAUUUCUAAACAGGUUGUGUUUAAAAAUACAUUUUUGGUCUGGAAUAAAUAUAAACAAAUCGUUUAUCAAUGAGUCAAUGUCAUUUGAACUUCUGAAAGUUUAGAUUUUAAAGAGAAAGUUCAAAAACAUUUGAUUUUCUUUCAAUUUCUUCCGAGAAAAGUUAAAAAGCUUGGAUUUUGAUUAAAAAUUAACAUAGUUUUAAAACAGGUUAUUUACUAUCUUAUUUAGAUUUAUUGAUAAAUGACUUUUAAAUAAUUAUUUUGUUUUGUAAGAAUAUAAAUAAAAAAAGAACAGCUUUAAAAUUUUAAAUAUUUCUCAGUUAUCCUAAGGGAAAAAUGCAUAAUACCCCCAUCUCUAUGCGAUAGCUAUCGCAAGUUUUUUCAGUACAAAAGUGUGGCCAGCUUAAAGCGCAUUGAUAUUCAAUGAACAUUGAAGCAUUGCUUUUUAAAGCAAAAUUUAUAGGAAGUAUCUUUAUCUAAAUUUUUCGUUUUAUCCAAUGAAAUAAUUAGAAGACUUGCAUGAUAACGAGCUUUUUAAGCCUUCCGUGGUAUGCCCUGGUAUUUUUGUUUUCAAAUACCCGUACUGCGGUAUUUUUUGGCGUUCCGGCUGCGUUCACACUGACCUACUGGUAAGGUCGGCAUAACAUUUAUUUUAUAAAUUUUCGACUUUGCCGUUUUUUCGAUUCGAUCUAUUGACAAAAUUCCAUCCGGAACGUGCCGCCACGCCACAAAACGCCAAUCUGCAGGAUAACGAUCAAGUGUUAGACCAACGGGGAUAGAGUUUCACGGAAGGACAUUGC